GAAAUCAAACGUGCAGAUGUGAACUGUAAUGUGUACCGUAAAUGUGAAAUAUACGCAGCAUGAUGUUAAAUUAAAUAAAGAAUAAUAUAUUCUUUGCUUUAAAUACAUAACACUUAUUAUUUCUGAUAAAGCAUUUCAAAGGGCUGCUAUUUCAUUAAAUGUUUUAUGUGGAAGAAGUCUAAUGGAAACAGAACGUGCAGAAAAUCGAAAAAUAACAACGCGCGUUUUUUGAGUUUCCAGUUAUGAUGAAGUUUUUCUUGAAACUGCAUUAGAUAUUCUGAUGAGUGUAUCUGAGUUUUCAACGUAUUAUUAUGUUAUGCAAGAAAAACGUAUUGUUAUGUUAUGCAAGAUUUAACGAUAACUAUAUUUUUCAAUGAAAUGUCUCAAAAUGAAUUUAAGGGUUGUGGAUAUACUGAACUUUUUUCUACAAAUAACAAAUUGCUUGUUGAAAGCUGGAAGACAGAUGUUGGUGUGAAAAAAAUGUAUGAUGAUCAAGCUAAAACAUUUGUCUAUUGUAUUGGGGUAAAAACGCCAGUACCUCAAAUGAUGUUACCAAAGGAUAAUAAGAAAAAGUUAGGUAUACGUCAUCCCAUUUUAGUUCUUCAAAUAUGUUUCCCAGUUGGUGCAAGUAUUUUAAUUGAUAUUGGCAUAACAUCUGGUAGUAAUCAGAGGAAACGAAUUACAUUAUCCAGCAAUCUAAAAGUUGAGAAAAUAACUCUAUUAUCUGCUGCAUUACCAUUACCAAUUAAAAAAAUAAAGAUGUGGACUCACGUUUUUGUGGAUGUUGAAGAUAUAAUAUCAUCUGUGUGGAAAAAAGAACAAUUUAAAGGAAUAGAAUCUUUAUCAUUAAGUGGAAUGUUCAGUGUGAAACGUAUUUUUACACUGAGAAGAGACAUGAUUUAUUGCAAUAAAGGAAUAUGGAUAAUUAAAUAUGACCAGCUACCUAAGCACAUGUCUAUGUCAAGAAAUAUUAUUCAAUCAUAUCAUUUGAUUUCACGUUCAUAUGGAUGUGAUGCUAGGGAAGCAGACAGUGCAGCACCUAGUGGGUCAGAUUAUAUUUCUUCUGUUUUAACAAGAAAUGAAAAUGAUAAAUCUAUAAUUCCUGAGGGUUUACAAUUUUCAAGAUCUAGACUUCUAUCUUCUAGUCAAAGAACAGGACCUUUCCAAUCAUUUCAGAACAUGAUGAUUACAACUUCAGUUCUCAGUGACAAAUCAUCCAUGGUUCCAAUUAAUGACAAUAAUGAUUUUAGUGCCAAAUUUUUCAAUUUAUUCCAAAAUAGAUCAGAACCUUUUGAAUAUAAAAAAGAUGAGUUUAUUAGAGAUAAUACAGUUGCAAUGGAAGAUCUCUCAUUCGAAAAUAAAGUUGCUGAUAAGGUUACUGACAGCUCAAUAAGUAACCUGGAAAAGUCUAUUUUCGGAAGCCCUGACAAUGCUACACUAAACGAAAAAUCUCAUAAAAACAUUGAAGUAUGGCUUCCUACUUGUUAUCAGAAUAAUGAGAACAGUGCACAGCCUUGAUAUUUGUAACUGCUAAUAGUUUGACUUCCUACAAAACAUUUUAUAAUCUACGUAUAGAUGAAUUCCAGUUAAGUGGAUUCAUUUUUUAUCAUACUGAACUUUUGAUUAUAUUUUUAUAUGCUUAGCCAUCAAAAUAUGUAUAUUUAUAUUGUUAAGAAUAUAGAAUUAUUAAACGCCAUUCAUUUCAUUUCUUUAUUAUUAAAUUAUAUAGUUAAAUAUAAACAUUUUAGAUCUUAUAUUUAAAAAAAUUCAUUUUUUAUAAAGAAAUAUACUAUUUAAAAAUGUAUUUGACAUCACCCCAAAAAACGUUUAGCUUUAAACAUUUUUUUAUAUAAUCUGCUGUACAGCGUAUCUUACAUAGAUUUUUUUAAAAACAUUUUUACAAAAUACACUUAUGAAGUAACUAAUCAAAAGCAGGGCUUGAUGUUAGAUUUCAAACUUAUGCAUGAAAUUUCUUAAGGUUUUUACAUACUCAUUAUAUGAUUCUUUCAGAAGCCAAUAUUUGUCAAAGAAAUAAAGGACUAAUUUUAAUACGACAGAUGAUUAUGCUUAUUUUUUAUUUAUUUAUUUUUUUACUACUCGAGCUCUCAUGUCAUACUAAUGCCUAAAAAAUCAAGUAUAUUUGAGAUCAUUUUUAACUAUUUUAUUGAUGCAAGUUUAAAAUCAUCCAUAAAAACACUUUGGAAUGUACUGAAUUUUAACUUAUCAUAGUUGAAGUUUGUUAUGUCUACCAAUUUCUUUUCCAGAAUUGCAAGUAAAUAUAUUAUUUUUAGUAUCUAAUUUCAUCGGUUGUGUGAAAUUUCUAAUUUAAUCCACACAUAGUAAAAAUUAAAUGUUAUAACAUAUGCACUAAAGUGUAUCUGGAUAUAUAAAUAGCCAUAAAGCAGUUUUUUAAUUUUGGUUAGUAGCCUUACAGGCUAAGAAAUAUAUGUUAAUUUCUGAUUGUUAAAAAUAUUCAUCUUUUAAUCAUGAUUUUUAUCCAGUAUCUGUUAAAUGGAAAGACUUGAAAUGUUAACUUCUGAAAUAGAUAAAAUUUGUACAUAGUUAUUUAAAAUGUUAAAAUAAUAAAAUCAUUUUUAUUUAACUCAUGUACUGUUAUAUCAUCUUUUACAUUUUAAUUAACAUGACAUUAUUUGCUUAACAUUUCACCUCUCAAAUUUAUUGAGUCCAAUUUUGUAUUUCAAAAGUUCUUUUGUACUUCAAAGGGAUUACAAAUUAGCUUAGCUUAUUUAUAAUUAUAUUGGAAGAUUAUUGUACAUUAAAAAUAUACUCAGCUGAAUACCAUAAGAGAAGCUACAGACAUAAUUUAUUAUAGCUCUAAUUAGUUGUUUUAAAUUCAUCCAUUCAUUUAUAUUGAAAUUUUGACUGCAUAUCUUGUAUAAAAGUUUUAAGAGUUAUGAAUGAAGCAUGCUGAUCUUAUUUGACAUAAUAUUUUCAAAAAAGCACAUCCAAAGAAGUGCCGUUUAAGACCAAAUUUAAGAUAAAUGUUUGUCUUCAAAUAUACAUAAAUACCACUUGUUAUAUUCAUGAUUUAAGCAUAUAAAUCAGUUAAGUUUUAAACAUAUUUCACAACAAUUUGCUCAAUUUUUUAAAUUACUUGUAAUGCUCUUACUGUUUAAAUUAUAAAUAAAAAGCACUGAAUUUUAAAUAUUAAAUAUAUGAUGUUAUUUUUGUGUAAGUAUGUUAAUGCCAUUUCUCAGAAUAGUAAAUACAGACUAUAAAAAUGAAGUUCAUUAUAUUUAAUAUCACAACACAUCCAUUUUUUAAACUGAUGUCUACAAGUUACAUUUUUAUUUUGCUUUUUUUUCAUAUAAAACAUAACUAAUCAUGAUUGUGCAGCUAUCACAAUUCUGAUAACUUACGACAUUUUAAACUGACUAGUAUUAAAAUUUUAUAAAUUAAAGAAACUUAUCACAUGGGUGUAAAAAUAAAUGAACUAAACAUUUGCUACAUUUAAAAAUGCUCCACAAUGUUUUUUCUAAACACAUGAUUAUAUCUCAAAAUUAUCAAAACUUUAAUUAUGAAUAAUUUAUUUUUAAUUGAAAUUUAUAGGUUAUUAAAAAACCAACUAAAACACAACAUGCAUUAAUAUAUCACUUGUAAUUGGAAAGUUUAGAGUAGUGUUAAAUUUUUAAAUUAAACCAAUAACUCAUUCAAAUUUGCUGUUUGAUAAAUGAUAAAACACAAUCUUCAUAUAAAAUAAAUUCAAAUUUUAAAACUGAUUCCGCAUUACACGGGCUUAAAAUAUCAAUAAUGCACCAUAUUAAGUAUAAAAGGAAAAUCUGAAAAUAAUUUUUAAAUGGUUAUUAAAAUAGCACAGUAUAAGGCAAAUGCAGUCAAAUAUAAAUAACUACAAUUUUUUAUAUUAAGCUAACCUGGUUCACAUGCCCUGACAAAUUUGAAGCAUGCUAUUAAUAAAACGAAAGUGCUCUAGCAUACUUUUUUAAAUCAUUUAAUUCAAGACUGGAAGCAAAUAAAGAUACUUGCUGAUACAUAAAUUUCACUAAUAAUAGCUGUAGAACCUUUUAAUAUCAAAACAGGGGAAAAAAUUUAAAAACAAAGUACCUUCAUUUUAAACAAGUGAGAUCAUAAUAAAGUAAAUGUUAAAACUGAUCAUCCAGUAAAAUGAAAAAUAAUUAUUAAAUGAUUCACACAUUUUCAAAAGUAUAAAAAAUAAAUGACAAAAUUGAGAUUCGGACAGUCUAAAUUUUUGAUUUCUUUAUAAUUUAAUAACUGCACUACAAAACUAUAAAAUAUUAUAUAACUUAUUUUUACUAAAUAAAAAUAUACUAAAACUUCAUUUUUAGAAAAUAUCACAAGUUAAAGACUCUGAAUACUGGUAUACUAAGUGAAUAAUCAGCAACAAGGUACAAAGUUAUAAACUGAUCAAACUACUCAAAUUAAUAUAAACUCCAUACUUAAAUGCAAUUAAGAAGACUAGAUGAAAAAUGCUUCCUAAAAAAGCUAUACAUUCUAAAGCAUUACAUGUCACCGGGGGGGGGGGGGGAGGGGAAGAAGUGUCAGAAAUAUCAAGUUUAUUCAUGCACAUUUUAAUACUGAUUAUUUCUAUUAAUGAAUUACUUCAAAUGACAAACAUUUUUAAAUACAUAAUACAUUAUUCAAACAAAUAAAACAGACUUAAACAAUUACAUUUCAAUCAUAUUUUGAAACUCAAAACAGCAUUUUUUUUCAAAAACGGCUUUUAAAAUUCUACAUUUGAGUUGCAAUUAACAUUCAUAUCUUAGGUUUACAGAAACCAAGUAACAAACAAACCAAAAAAAAAAAAAAAAAAAAAAAAAAAAGAGGAGGCCAAAUAAUUUA